GGUCAAAGCUGUUAAAUCAUAUCCUGAUUUGACGUGAGGGGAUGAAGUGGAACUGAAAUUCAAUUGAGCAAACCUAUCUGGGACAACGUAAAUGGUAAAUGUUACAAGAGGUAGCGGCAUGUGGCACCGACCAGCUCCCUGCCACCUGCUGCCUCUUACGUCUUGAGUUUUUUUUUUUUUUUUUUUUUUUUAAAAAGAAAACAAUCAAAUUUAAAGAAACGAAAAUCAACUGAAAAUUAAAGAGUUCACCAUGGCUGAUGAAAUAAUUGAAGUUUUGGACACAGAAAAGUUGUAUCUCACACAAAUACGAUAUUUGGAGGAGCAACUGGAAAAAUGCCAGAGCAAAUGCGAGGAGCUGGAAAAGCAGGUCAAGGACCUGCUCUACGAGCAGCGGGUGCUGCGCAAGGACAAGGCGGACAUCACUCGCUCCCAGAAACGCAUGCUGGAUAACAAAGACAAAAAGGUGGAAAUGCUGAUGGAGCAGGUGGAAAGUCAGCAGGAGGAGGCAGAGCACCAAAAGGAGAUCAUAAAGCAACUGGAAGUAACAGUAGAGCAGCUGGAGGCACGGAUAAAAGAGCUCAACACAGUGAUCAGCACGCAAGCGGAAAACCUGGAGGCUCAGUCUGGGCAGCUCGUGGGUCUUGAGGAAAAGUUGGUGAAGCAGAAGCGGGACCAGGAGGCCAUUGUCCGCCGCCUCAAGGAGGAAGCAGAGCGCGACAAAACCAACAUGAUCGCCGAGACCAUGAGGAACAUGGAGGUGCUGUUUGAGGACAGGAUGGCCAAGAUGCUAGAGCAGGAGCGCGAGCAGAACAGCGAGAAGUUGCUUCAGCUGCAAAAAAUGUUAGGGGAAAAUAUGACCUUGUGGCAGGAGAAGGAUGUGAUGCAGAAGAGGGAGCUAGAGCUUUUCUGUGAGGUCAGCCGCCUCCAGGAAGAGCUCGUCAAGAAACCCAGGCGCAAGCUCUGCCGCAGGAAGUGACCGAUCAUCUUAGAUGCUGUCCUUACAAAUUUCUAAACGGACCUCACAACCUGCUGGAAUGCCACAAAGACCGCAGGACCAGGAAGUGCAAUGAAGUGUUCAGUUCAUAGUGGCCGCCAUCGAGACAAAGUUGUGAAAGAGGAGCAGACACUCACACGAGUUUUCUCACUGACUUCAAAUUGCUCGAUGUCAUUAUCCCUGACAUACUACAAAAGUCAUGAACCGACUUCAGAAACUAGAAAAGACUGUUUCCAAAAUACAGAAUCCUUUGUAAAAAUUAAAUAAUCAGUGAUAGAUCAGAAUGUCAUACAGAGGACAAUGACUAGUAACUAUUAGAAACUGUUAUAUUGAAAGUCUCAUACAAAGUACCACAAAAUGUACACUCUGCAACAUAAACUAACACAAACUACAGCUUACACACUUUAACAAUAUAUUAAUUCAUCUUCUGUACCGCUUAUCCUCACGAAGGUCGCAGGGGUGCUAUAGCCUAUCCCAGCUAACAAUGGGUAAGAGGCUGGGUACACUCUAAACUUGUUGCCCGGGCACAUAUCGACAAACAACCAAUCACACCAGGCUUUAAUAUAUACAUAUGAUGAAAUACUGCAUACUGUCUUUUAAAUGACCAAUAUGUAAGAUUUGCACAUCAACUAUUAAUUAAAUUGACCUAA